CGCGGGUUCUAGCGUAGGCGCGCACGGAGACUGUGCAGAUGUCCUCGUCUGGGUUCUGCGGAACUCAUUUCGAGUCCAGGGACUUUAGCCGGAAGGAUUAAAGAACCGUUCCACUUCCGGUAGUAACGGGAGCGUUUCGAACAUGGCGACCUCCAAGGCGAACGGGCCGGUCCCGGCGGCUGGGAAAAGUGGAUUUCGUAACCAGAAGCAGAAGCAGGAGAACCGAGAUGAGUCAGAACUCCUCACUGUUCCUGAUGGUUGGAAGGAACCAGCUUUUUCCAAAGAGGACAAUCCCAGAGGACUCUUGGAGGAAAGCAGUUUUGCAACUUUGUUCCCAAAAUAUAGAGAGGCUUACUUGAAAGAGUGCUGGCCGUUGGUUCAAAAAGCCUUGAAUGAACAUCAUGUUAAUGCAACCCUGGACCUGAUCGAGGGCAGCAUGACUGUUUGUACAACAAAGAAGACUUUUGAUCCAUACAUCAUCAUUAGGGCCAGAGACCUAAUAAAACUGUUAGCAAGGAGUGUUUCAUUUGAACAGGCAGUACGAAUUCUUCAGGAUGAUAUUGCAUGUGACAUCAUUAAAAUAGGUUCAUUAGUAAGAAAUAAAGAAAGAUUUGUAAAAAGAAGACAACGGCUUAUUGGUCCCAAAGGAUCUACAUUAAAGGCAUUGGAGCUCUUAACAAACUGUUACAUUAUGGUUCAGGGAAACACGGUUUCAGCCAUUGGACCCUUUAGUGGCUUAAAGGAGGUUCGAAAAGUAGUCCUAGAUACUAUGAAGAAUAUUCACCCAAUUUAUAAUAUUAAAACCUUAAUGAUUAAACGAGAGUUGGCAAAAGAUUCCGAAUUAAGAUCACAAAGUUGGGAAAGAUUUUUGCCACAGUUCAAGCACAAAAAUGUGAAUAAACGCAAGGAACCAAAGAAAAAAACUGUUAAGAAAGAGUAUACACCAUUCCCACCACCACAACCAGAAAGUCAGAUUGAUAAAGAAUUGGCUAGUGGUGAAUACUUUCUGAAGGCAAGUCAAAAGAAGCGACAGAAAAUGGAAGCAAUAAAGGCUAAACAAGCAGAAGCUCUCACUAAGAGACAAGAGGAAAGAAACAAAGCUUUUAUUCCACCUAAAGAAAAGCCAGUUUUGAAACCUAAGGAAGCUUCUACUGAAACUAAAAUUGAUGUGGCUGCCAUCAAGGAAAAGGUUAAGAAAGCAAAAAAUAAGAAACUGGGAGCUCUCACAGCUGAAGAAGUUAAGCUUAAAAUGGAAGUAGAUGAAAAGAAAAAGAAGAAGAAAAAGUAAUACAAACA